CCUUACUGUGUCCCCUUUUUGUGUCACUCCCCCGUACAAAAAUUAUUCUUAUUUCCAUGAGUUGCAUCUCCUUCCGCUAGCUAGUCUUUGUCUGCUGAGGCAGAGAGAGACACAUAGAAAAAACGAUUAGGUGAUAAUGGUGGAAUGACAGUUCAUUCUUUCUCUGAGGUGACCUCCUAGUAUAUCAGUCAGUCCCGCUUCUUUAACGACUUUGGGGCUACAGAAUCAUGGCUCAGCAGGAAGAAGGGUGGCCUUUGGGGUUGAGACCACUGAAUGCAAGAGUUGGGUUGGUGAGAAAUCGUGAUUUGUCUGGAUCAGUCUCCUUCAGCACUUUGCUCACUGGCUCUCCCACCUCCUCCAUUGUUUCUUCUUCAGAUCUUGAUACUGAGUCCACUGGGUCGUUCUUCCACGACAAAAGCAUCACACUUGGCAGCCUAAUUGGAGUUUCAAGCAUUUUAGAGCUUUCACGAAGAUCAACAAGGGGGAGAACAGCAGAAACCUUAAGAGAAGGAAAGAACCACAAGCCCAAAUCUUGGCUAUUCUCACUAUGCUCAAAACUAAGCACUGAUGCUGUGAACGAGAGCAAUACCCCAUCUCUUGGUCACUUUCUUGAGGAAGAGAGGAGAACUGCAAGUGUAUACAGAAGGAAUCAGAGCCCAGAUAUUUAUGGACCUAGUGAUUUCUCACCCAUCCCGCCCGUUUUGGACACAAACUCGCUGUUUGUUGGUGGCCAAGUUGCUCCCCAAUCAAGUGUUCCAAGAAAGUCGGACAAUGAAUUAUUAGAUAGCAAUGGAUAUAGGAUUCCAUUACUAUUCUCAUGCUUGCGUGGCCAUCUCAUCAAAUGAUAAUCUCUAGAUGAGCAUUAUUUUAUUUAUGUUUCUUGUGGGAAUCUAGAUUUCUUUGAUGAGUUAAAGACAUAAGACUCAGAUUGCAUUUGUUUCAAGAGGAAGAGGUUUUUAAGGAGAGGUUUUUUUCUAUUAUAUUCAGAGGGGGUGAGAGUAUUGAGGCAAGCAGCAACUUUGAAAAACAAUGCUGCAAUAAACUGUUAUUUAAUUUGUCUUGUGCGGUAUAAAUAAGAAAUAAGACAUCGCUAUCUCAAAUUAAAGGUUGUGUGUCUUUCAAAAUA